AUGGAGCGGAAUAUCGAUAUUUAUGCCAACAAGUUGGGGGAUGAGAAGCUGGAUGUGAAAGUCCGAGCCAAUGUCGCAACCGAGCUGCGAGACAGCAUUGAGCCGCUAUGCUCCGGCGCAAGCUACCCUAUCUUCCUAGCCAAGUUAUGGCCGGUCUUCAAGACCAUCCUGAAGGGGGAUCCCGUGUUCUUCAGCAUGUCAUAUGAGCAGAAACUACGAAACUGUAUCCUCGAGACCCUGCACCGACUACCAAUGAAUUCGCCCGAUGUUGAACCGUAUGCUGCGGACAUGGUCGACCUGCUAAUGGAUCUCGCGCGCAUCGAAAACGAAGAUAAUGCUGUUCUGUGCAUGAAGACUAUCAUGGACCUGGAGCGGAACCAAGCGAAGGCCACAUCGGCACGCGUACAGCCUUUCUUGGAACUGAUCCAGGAGAUGUUCCAGACCAUGGAGCAGGUGGUGCGGGAUACCUUCGACACUCCAAACCAAGCGACCCCUUCCGGAAUGCCCUCAACACCGAAUGCAAGCGCCCAAAACUUCCAGUCGCCUCGACCUAGUUCUCCUGCGACUUCCGUGUCAGACCUUGGACCUGAGCAGCAGUCCAGCAAUGUCAUUUUGAAGGGCAUGCAGUCGUUCAAGGUUCUUGCAGAGUGUCCCAUCAUCGUCGUAUCAAUUUUCCAGACCCACCGCGCUUCGGUAGCGGCCAACGUCAAGCUGUUCGUCCCGCUGAUCAAGACGAUCUUGCUACUGCAGGCCAAACCGCAAGAAAAGGCACACGCGGAUGCUGCUGCGCAAGGUACAAUCUUCACCGGAGUUUGCAAAGAGAUUAAGAACAGGCCGGCAUUUGGGGAGUUCAUCACUGCCCAAGUCAAGACGAUGAGCUUUUUAGCGUAUCUCUUGCGACUAUAUGCACACCAACUCCAAGAUUUCCUCCCCACACUUCCCUCCGUCGUCGUUCGUCUUCUCCAAGAUUGUCCCCGAGAGAAGUCUGGUGCUCGAAAGGAGUUGCUCGUUGCGAUUCGGCACAUUAUCAACUUCAACUAUCGCAAGAUCUUCCUGGAGAAGAUCGACGAGCUCCUGGACGAGCGAACUCUGAUUGGUGAUGGACUGACUGUCUAUGAGACCAUGAGGCCUUUGGCGUAUAGCAUGCUGGCGGAUCUUAUUCAUCAUGUUCGUGACCACCUAAGCCGCGACCAGAUUCGCCGCACUGUCGAAGUCUACACCAAGAAUCUUCACGAUGACUUCCCUGGCACUAGUUUCCAAACGAUGAGCGCCAAGCUGCUGUUAAACAUGGCUGAGAAGAUAUCUAAGCUGGAGGAUAAGCGCGAGGCUCGCUAUUUCCUCAUCAUGAUCUUGGAUGCCAUUGGUGAUAAGUUCGCUUCCAUGAACCACCAAUUUAACAAUGCCGUUAAGGUUUCCAAGCUCUACAAGGAAAGCCGCAAGGACACUUCGCCAUCUGCUGAGAAUUAUCUUGCUGAGAAAGACCAACCACCGGACUGGGACGAUAUCGACAUCUUCUCCGCUUCUCCCAUCAAGACCUCCAGUCCACGCGAUCGCGGAGGGGACCCUGUUUCGGAUAAUAUCUUCCUCUUCAAGAACCUCAUCAAUGGACUGAAGAACAUCUUCCACCAGCUGAAGAACUGCAAUCCCGAUGAUAUCCAGAUCGAUCCAAACAGUGUACCCAUUAACUGGUCCGAAGUGUCGUAUGGAUACAAUGCUGAGGAGGUUCGAGUCAUCAAGAAGCUCUUCCACGAAGGUGCUCGCGUUUUCCGAUACUACGGUGUGGACCAAUCCCCUCCGGAAAUGAACUACUCGUCUCCUUUCGAUUUCCUUGCGAGUCAAUACACUGCACCCAUGUCGCGCGAAGAGAAAGAGCUUCUGGAGAGCUUUGGCACCGUGUUCCACUGUAUCGAUACAGCGACAUUCCACGAGGUCUUCCACUCUGAAAUCCCGUACCUUCAUGAGCUCAUGUUCGAGCAUGGGGCACUGCUCCAUCUGCCCCAGUUUUUCCUGGCUAGUGAAGCUACCUCGCCUGCAUUCUCAGGCAUGGUGCUCCAGUAUCUCAUGGAGCGUAUCCAUGAGGUUGGCACUUCUGACAUGACAAAAGCGAAGAUUCUCUUGAGAAUGUUUAAGCUGUCUUUCAUGGCAGUGACUCUAUUCUCUGUGCAGAAUGAGCAGGUUCUCCACCCACAUGUUACUAAGAUCGUCACAAAGUGCAUUGAGCUGUCCAUUACGGCUGAGGAACCUAUGAACUAUUUUCUGCUUCUACGGUCUCUUUUCCGAAGCAUUGGUGGUGGCCGAUUCGAGCUUUUGUAUAAGGAGAUUCUUCCUCUCCUGGAGAUGCUCCUUGAGACGUUCAACAACCUGCUGCUUGCCGCUCGCAAGCCUCAGGAGCGAGAUCUCUACGUCGAGCUCACUCUCACGGUCCCCGCGAGGCUUAGCCAUCUCUUGCCACACCUGAGCUAUCUCAUGCGCCCAAUUGUGGUGGCCUUGCGUGCCGAUUCUGACCUCGUUGGUCAAGGUUUACGCACACUGGAGCUUUGCGUGGACAAUCUUACGGCCGACUACCUGGACCCAAUCAUGGCACCCAUUAUGGACGAGCUGAUGACUGCGCUUUGGGACCACCUGCGACCUCACCCCUACAACCAUUUCCACGCACACACCACCAUGCGGAUUCUUGGAAAGCUGGGUGGUCGCAACCGGAAGUUCCUGAACCACCCACCCGAGUUGUCGUUCCAGCAAUACUCUGAUGAUAACCCGAGCUUUGACAUCCGACUCAUUGGCCCCAGUGAGAAGCGACCUUUCCCCGUGGACACUGGCAUUGAUCUGGCCAUCGGCAAACUCAUGGAGGUCCCCAAGUCGCCCUCGGCUGUGGCCUCGGACACAUAUUACAAACAGCAGGCAUACCGUAUGCUUAGCUCCCACCUCAAGCUCCAAAUCGGAUACGAGAAUCUUCCCGACGACCUGGCAUCCUUGAUUCGCCUUCAUGCAAACGAUCUGUUCGAAAGCAAACCUGGUGCCAUGGCUGACAUUCUAGAGAAGUCAGAAAGAUCGGCCUCGAUCCCCAAAAAGAUGGCGCAGGAAGCCACUUUGAAGAAGCUUCUCAAGGCCUGCAUAUUUGCUACAACUAUUCCCGAUCUUGAGCCUGCUGCGACUCUCUUUAUGGCUGAUGUUUGCAAGCACUUCACUAUCGUCGAGGUUGGUCGUGCUCUAGCUCAAGCCCGCCACAACCGCAAGCCUUUCGAUGUGGCAAAUGGAGAGGGUCCUGUCUACCUUGAUUCCCGAAUCCUCGCAGAGGCAAUCGUGGAGUCUCUUUCGUCGGACCACGUCCAUGUACGGGAAGCAGCCGAAAAAGCAAUGCUGGUUGUUAAGGAAGCCGCGGAUGUUAUAUUUGGCGCAUCCGAUAAGGCAGCCAAACUUCCAUUCUUCCAGCAUCUGGGACGUGUAUUCUGCCACAGCUGCCACAGCGAGGAGUGGUUCACGAAAGCGGGUGGAAGCCUGGGCAUCAAUCUCCUUGCCACCAAUUUGGACCUUGGAGAGUCUUGGAUCUAUGAGCGACACGUCGAAUUCUGUCGCGCCCUCUUGCAUGUCAUCAAGGACACACCUGCAGAUCUUCCUGCUUCCACACGGAUCCAAUCCCAGGAGACGAUGGCGUUGAUCCUCAAGAAGUGCGGCAAGCUUAUCCCUAAGGAUGAUCUUAAAAACGAGAAGAGUCGCCUGUCCACCUUGUGUGGCUUCUUUGUCUUCGAGCUUGGACACAUGAACAAGCACGUUCGCGAGACUUGCCGUCUGUGCUUCGACACCUUGAAGGAGGAACUAGGCUGUGAAGUACACGAACUCAUCUUCCCAGUAAGGGAUCGCCUUCUCCAGUCGAUUUUCAACAAGCCAUUGCGCGCUCUGCCUUUCCCGACACAGAUUGGCUUUAUCGACGCCAUCACCUAUUGCUUAAGUCUGCACAACGACAUUGUCACGUUCAACGAGCCUCUUAAUCGAUUAAUGCUCGAGUCACUCGCCCUUGCCGACGCUGAUGACGAGUCGCUUGCAUCCAAGCCCAAUGAGUUCAAGAACGCCGAGAUGAUUGUCAACCUCCGUGUUGCCUGCCUGCGCCUUUUGUCCAUGGCGAUGAACUUCCCCGAGUUCGCCAACACACCGCAGAACACCAGUCGUGCACGCAUCAUCUCUGUAUUCUUCAAAUCGCUUUACUCGCGGUCUCCCGAAGUGAUCGAAGCAGCUAAUGCUGGUCUGAAAGAUGUUCUUACUCAGACCAACAAGCUCCCGAAGGAUUUGCUUCAGAAUGGUCUACGUCCCAUCCUCAUGAACCUGCAAGAUCCCAAGCGCCUAAGCGUUGCAGGGCUUGAUGGACUGGCUCGGCUAUUGACCUUGUUGACAAACUACUUCAAGGUUGAGAUCGGUGCUCGUCUACUGGACCACAUGAAGGUUAUUGCCGACGACUCAGUCCUGCAGAAGGUUUCUUUCAGUCUGGUGGAGCAGAACCCUGCCAUGAAGAUCGUGGCCGCAAUCUUUAAUAUCUUCCACCUCCUUCCCCCUGCGGCCACUUCUUUCAUGGAUCAUCUGGUCAACAAGGUCCUUGAUCUCGAGCAGAAGCUCCGAAGAACCUCCCACAGUCCUUUCCGAAAGCCUCUCGUCAAAUACCUCAACCGCUACCCUAAGGAGAGCUUGACAUUCUUCCUCGCACGCUUCAAGGAUGUCCGCUACGGACGCUUCUUCGGACAGAUCUUGGCUGACCCGGAGAGUGAAGCACUGCGAAAUGCCGUUGUGGCCGACACCGAAGGAUUCAUAUCGAGUGCGUUCGGACAGGAGGCCGAUGGUAAGAACACCGCUGCGAUCAAUGGGAUCUACGUUGCCCACUCCAUCUGCUCCUACAGCUCAACCAAGCGCUGGUUGGUUUCUCACGCAGACUUGAGGGCCAAGCUCCUGAGCUCUGGACGAGAGUUGGAGCGGAAGCUUCGUGGUGACAGCCUGCCCCCUGACGAGCGCCUCAGGGUGGAACAAGCUGAGGACCAGUUGAUGGAUGUGUUUACGGUCUACCUGGCGGAGGCUAGCCAUGAUCUUGAUUUCCUCUUUGAGGUCAUCGACGGUCUGUCUGCCGAUGAGUUGAAGCGUACACUAGCUCUUCCCAAGUUCAUCUAUAAGCACGUCAUCACCAACGAGUCAAUUGACUACCGACGAUCCGUUAUCAUGCGCUGUUUGGACCUCUACGGCCAGCGGGCUUGCUCGCAGAGGACCAAGACCUAUGCAUUCCGCCACCUAGUUAAUCCUAUCUUUGCCAUGGAUGUCCAGCUGACGUGGAACAGCUCGACGAAUGGUCCUAGACUGAUGGAUAAGAGCAUGACGGAGUCCAUUCAGAGUCGCCUGUGGAAACCUCAGCUGGCCGAUCUCAGCGAAGAGUCUAGCCAAGCUGGUGUGGAUCACUCUCGUAUGGAGCUGCUUCAGCUUUCAGCCCUGUUGAUCAAAUACCACGCCCAGACUGUGCAGGAUUCCCGAAAGGAUAUCAUCAAGUUCGCCUGGAACUACAUUCGUCUCGAGGACAUUAUCAACAAGUAUGGUGCCUAUGUCCUGAUCAGUUACUUCAUCGCCCACUACGAGACUCCUUUCAAGAUCGUCAUUCAGGUCUACGUUGCCUUGUUGAGAGCCCACCAGAAUGAAGGCCGGGCCCUUGUCACACAGGCUCUUGACGUUCUGGCUCCUGUCUUGCCCACACGAACAGCAGGAAAUCAAGGACCGGAGGCGCGGUAUCCGCUGUGGGCCAAAUGGCCUCGCCGCAUUUUGGCCGAGGAGACUGCCAACUUGCAGCAGGUGAUGAGCAUCUUCCAGUUCUUGGUGCGACAGCCAGAUCUCUUCUACGAGUCUCGGGAACAUUUCGUGCCACUUAUUGUCCCCUCGCUCAUCAAGAUUGCUGGUCCGCCAAACACCUCUAAUGACAGCAAAAAGCUGGCUCUCAAUCUGAUUGGGUUGAUUUGGCACUGGGAAGAGAAACGGGCGCUGACCACAGAUUCUAACAGUAUCGUAUCAAAUGGUACUGUGGAGUCGCCGAAUACCAAGAAGCGCAAGCUGGAAGAAACAGAGUCUUCUGCAUCUCCUUCUCUUCCUCCCCCGGCUAGCCGAGGAUCUGAUUACACUGUGCCGUCCGAAUUGCGCGCUGCCUUGGUCAAGUAUCUCAUUACCUUUAUCACCACGAUCCCGGAGCGCUUCCAAGUUCCAGCUGCUGAGAUUCGCCAAAUGCCUUCGGCCAAACAGACACCACCUGUGCCUACUGGUGAGAUGGUCAACAAGGCUAUGAACCUUCUCAGACAGCUCCUGUCCAAGGACUACUGGGGGGAUCUUGACAUCGAUCUCUACCAGAAAGUCACGGAGCCCAUCCUUGCAGGCGAGAAGGCCGACAAGCCCGAUGACAAACACACUACCUCCAUGGUCAAUGCUCUGCAGGUAUUGCGGGUGCUCAUCGCUACCAAGCCGGAUGAGUGGAUUACUGCACGUCUUUCUAGCAUCCAGAAGCUCCUUGAGAAGCCUUUGAAGUCCGACAAUCCGGAAAUUCAGGAUUGCCUGCAUGGCCUUGAGGAUGAAUUGGACAUUUCCCCGAAGCUGCCACCUCCAGUUCGCCGUGUUCUUGAGGCCAUCCCAGAUGACACACCUGACGAUGAAGAUGCUAUGGACACCGAAAGCACCCCGUCAGAGUUCGCAACGUACUUGUCUGCGAUUGCUACUGAGACUCUUUCGGCUAGCAACUAUGUGUCUAGCCUUAACACCCUUUGGACGCUUUCAAAGAUCAAGCCUGCCGAAAUUGACACUCACAUCCCCGCUGUGAUGAAGGCUUUCUCGCAGAAGCUUGCCAAGGAGCAUGUCGCGGCCUCUACCAACCAGCCUGGAACACCAUCUCCGAACGGCCAGAAACCUCCUGAAGCAGUGCCAGAUCAGCAAGAAUUUGAGCUCGGUGUUGACCUUAUCUACAAGACCAUUGAGUUGAUUUCCGUUCGCAUGUCCCACCUCGGUGACCAACGACGUCCGUUCCUCAGCGUGUUGGCUUCCAUUGUGGAACGGUCGCAGAACAUCAAGCUGUGCAGCAAGGUUCUGGGUAUGGCAGAGUCAUGGAUAUUCCACUCGACCGAGUCAUGGCCUACUCUGAAGGAGAAAACGGCAGUUCUACACAAGAUGCUGCUCUUUGAGUCUCGACCUGACCAGACCAUGCUCAAAAAGUUCCUUGAUUUGGUGAUUCGUAUCUACGAGGACUCCAAGAUCACCCGCACCGAGUUGACCGUCCGACUCGAGCAUGCUUUCCUGAUUGGUACUCGAGCGCAGGAUGUCGAGAUGCGCAACCGUUUCAUGAACAUCUUCGAUCGUAGUCUGACUCGUUUGGCUAGUUCAAGAUUGAGCUAUGUGCUUACCUGCCAGAACUGGGAUACUCUUUCCGACUCCUUCUGGUUGGCUCAGGCCUCACACUUGGUACUUGGAUGCGUCGACAUGAACACAACAGCCCGUCUCCACCCUGACGAUUUCACCUUGUACCCUAUGUCAUUCCUCUUCUCUAGUGGCGAGAAGGAUCCAAGAAAGUCCGAUAUCAUGGUUGAUAACCAGCUCGAGACUUUCGUUGCCGAGCGGAAGAAGUUCAUGUCUGACAUCGGCGACGUUCGGGUUCGUGAUUUGAUGGAGCCUUUGUGCCAACUCCAGCACACUGACCCGAGCGUUGCUUACGAGCUGUGGACCACGCUCUUUCCCAUCUUCUGGUCGACUCUGUCCAAGGAUGACCGUAUCGACCUUGAGAAGGGUAUGGUCUCUUUGCUUACCCGCGAGUACCACCAGAGACAAUUGGACAAGCGGCCGAACGUCGUGCAGGCUCUUCUCGAGGGCAUUGUGCGAGCUCGGCCCCGAUUCAAGGUUCCCCCGCAUGUCAUGAAGCACCUCAGCCGUACUUAUGAUGCGUGGUACACUGCUGCCACAUACCUUGAAGAGAGCGCUAUCAACCCGAUCAUUGAUAGUUCCACUGUUCGCGAGAGCAACCUCGACGCGCUGGUUGAAGUUUACGCUGGUCUCCAAGAAGAUGACUUCUUCUAUGGAACAUGGCGGCGUCGCUGCAAGUUUGUUGAAACCAAUGCAGCGUUGUCCUAUGAACAGCAGGGCAUGUGGGACAAGUCUCAGCAGCUUUAUGAAAACGCGCAGAUCAAGGCGCGUUCUGGAGCCAUGCCUUUCUCACAGGGUGAAUACUUCGUGUGGGAAGACCACUGGCUGAUUUGCGCCCAGAAGCUUCAGCAGUGGGAGAUUUUGAGUGAUUUCGCUAAGCACGAAAAUUUGAACGAUCUUUUACUGGAGGCUGCUUGGAGGAACAUCGAAAAUUGGCAGAGUGAGGGCAACCGUGAACAGCUGGAGUCCUUGAUCAAGUCUGUUUCUGACGCUCCCACGCCGCGUCGCACUUUCUUCCAAGCUUUCAUGGCUCUCCUUCAGUACCACGUGAAGAAAGAGAACAUGCAAGACUUCAACAGCGUCUGUGAUGAAUCGAUCCAGCUGUCUAUUCGCAAGUGGCUGCAGCUGCCUAAGCGCAUCACAAAUGCGCACAUUCCGAUUCUGCAACACUUCCAGCUGCUGGUCGAACUGCACGAUGCUAGCCACAUUUGCGGCAGCUUGGCUCAGACCAAUGAACGCAACUUGGACACUAAAUCUGCCGAGUUGAAGCUUCUCCUUGGAACCUGGCGGGACCGGUUGCCAAACCUUUGGGACGAUAUCAACACUUGGCAGGACCUUGUUACAUGGCGACAGCACAUCUUCCAGCUCAUCAACCAGACCUACCUUGGUCUUCUUCCUCCUCAGACCAAUAAUGUUGCCAGCAACUCGUAUGCCUACCGCGGAUACCACGAGACAGCCUGGAUCAUCAAUCGCUUUGCCCACGUCGCUCGCAAGCACCAAAUGCCCGAAGUUUGCAUCAACCAACUCAGCCGCAUCUACACGCUCCCGAACAUUGAAAUCCAGGAGGCAUUCCUCAAGCUGCGCGAACAAGCCAAGUGCCAUUACCAGAACCCGAAGGAACUUAACAGUGGAUUGGAUGUCAUCAACAACACCAACCUCAACUACUUUGGACCGCAGCAGAAGGCCGAGUUCUACACCCUGAAGGGAAUGUUCCUUGCCAAGCUCGACCAUACCAACGAGGCCAACGAAGCAUUCGGAGUUGCUCUUUACUACGAUCUCCGUCUUGCCAAGGCCUGGUCUGAGUGGGGUCAAUAUAGCGAUCAGCGAUUCAAGCAGAAGCCGGAUGACUACGAACUGGCUAGCAAUGCAGUCAGCUGCUAUCUGGAGGCUGCUGGUCUCUACAAGAGCGCUAAGUCGCGGAAGUUGCUCAGCCGUAUCUUGUGGCUGCUCAGCUUGGACAACGAUGAAAACCAGAUUGCCAGUGCCUUUGAGAACUUCAAGGGAGACACUCCUGUCUGGUACUGGAUCACUUUCAUCCCUCAGCUCUUGACCAGCUUGUCUCAUCGCGAGGCGCGGCUGUGCAAGGCUGUCCUUGUGAAGAUCGCCAAGCUGUACCCGCAGGCUCUCUUCUUCCUCCUUCGUACGAACCGGGAGGACAUGCUGAGCAUCAAGAAGCAGCAUGACCAGAAGCAGGAGAAGUUGAACCGGGCUAGACAGCAGCAACAGGGGUCUUCGCCGAGCACCAAGCCCCUAGCAAGUGGAGAAGCCUCUCCUGCUCAGAAGGCUCCGACCAGCGCUGCUAGUGCCUCGCCUGCCAACAAAGCUGCGAACUUGCCUACCAUUCAAUCUCCUGCUCAGACCCAGGCUCAAAGUCAGUCUCCGGCCCAGGGACAAGGCCAAAGCCCCAAUCUAGGUCAGUCCGGUCAGACUCCAGCUCAAGCGCAAGGACACCUACAAGUGCCAGGCCAGAGUGGAACCCCGCAACAGAACCAGAAUCAGUCCGCCUCCACAGAGCAGCCCGAAAAGGAGCCCCUCAAGAAGCCUUGGGAGUACUCAGACGAAAUCAUGUCCGGUCUCAAGACGGCUUUCCCAUUGCUUGCUCUGUCCAUGGAGACGAUGGUCGACCAGAUCCACAAGAACUUCAAGUGUCCACCUGACGAGGACGCUUAUCGACUCAUUGUUGCCCUGCUGAACGAUGGGUUGUCCUACGUGGGACGUAUGCCUGGAUCGUACGCGCUAGACUUCAAGCUGCCUGCUGCCACGGAAGCUAAUAUCACGCGCUUUGCGGAAACAAUUCUUCCGGCACAUAUCCGGAAGUCUUUCGAGGCUGACUUUGUCGUCAAGAAGCCUACCAUGCACGAGUACAUCCAUAAGCUGCGGCGCUGGCGUGAUAAGUUCGAGGAGAAGCUCGAUCGCCGACCCCAGUCCGGAUUCCUGGAGACCUACUCCCCGCACCUCAGCGAGUUCCGUUUCCUCAAGUUCGAUGAAGUCGAAGUUCCCGGACAGUACCUCCUGCACAAGGACAAGAACCAAGACUUUGUCCGCAUUGAUCGCUUCCUUCCCGAUGUGGACCUUGUACGGGGUAUUGGUGUCUGCCACCGUCGGCUCAAGAUUCGUGGACACGAUGGCAGUAUUCAUGCCUUUGCUGUUCAGCACCCUGCGGCACGCCACUGCCGCCGUGAGGAGCGUAUUCUUCAGCUGUUCCGAAUCUUCAACGGCCUUCUGACUAAACGCAAGGAAAGCCGUCGGCGCAACCUAUACUUCCAUCUUCCUCUAAUGGUUCCACUGGCCCCGCAUAUCCGCUUGGUCCGCGAUGAUUCGUCUUAUAUCUCUAUGCAAGGCAUCUACGAGGACUACUGCAGACGGGUUGGUAUGAACAAGGAUGAGCCGGUCCUCUUCACGAUGGAUCGUAUGCGUUCUUUGGCAGAGACGAAGCAGAAUCGCACGACCGAUCAACAACAAGUUCUUCGAACGGAGAUCUUGACCGCUAUUCAAGAGAAAUGGGUUCCCAGUACCGUGGUGUUGGACUACUUCCAGCAGACUUACCCCAACUUCGCGGACUUCUGGCUCUUCCGGCGACAAUUUGCCUACCAGUACGCCGCGGUUGCGUUCAUGACCUACAUCAUGCAUAUUGGCAACCGGUACCCUAACAAGAUCUUGAUCUCUCGCUCGACUGGUGAUAUCUGGGGCGCAGAGUUGAUCCCGACCAUCAACCCCGGCAAGGCGAUCUUCUACAACCCAGAGCAUGUUCCUUUCCGAUUCACUCCCAACAUCCAGACUCUGCUGGGUCCCAUUGCCACCGAGGGCCUGUUUGCCUGUGCCAUGAUGGCGAUUGCGCGCUGCCUGACGGAGCCACGGCAUGAGCUGGAGCAGCAGCUCAGCGUCUUCGUCCGUGACGAGAUGAUGUUCUGGGCUACUGCCCAGCACCGUGGUGUCCUGCCUGUCCCGCAGCUGCGCGAGCUGGUCUACAACAACAGCGAUAUCAUCGCCAAUCGCGCUGUCAGUCUGGCCAGCCCGCCGGAAGGCAACCUGCCUGCGAAUCAGACUUCGAUCGACCUGAUCUCCAGGGCUGUCAACCCCCAGCACCUGGCUCAGGGCGAUGCGUUGUGGAUGCCGUAUCUCUAA